CGUACAGUAAGCAUUCAAAUUUAGCAUGUAGGCUAAGAUCAAAUCUCAUGGUGUAGCUAAGAACUAAUCUUCCAGUUAUUAACGAAAUGAUUUAGGUUUUUCCAAAUUUCGUUAACUGGUGUUUUGCUGUUUUUGAAAUGAAUGCAGCAAAAUGUCCGCUAAGAAACCGCACGCUAUGAUGAGAUUUCGUAAUCGAAAGGUCAUGUUUCUCGUGUCCAUAAUUCUGAAACUCACAAUCUGGGCGCAUCGACAAUAAUCAUUUUUCCGUCAAGUUUCCUACCUCAGCAGCAAUCUAAAUGGCUACAAGCUCAUUAGGUCCAGAAGACAACGUGGAUGCGAUCAACACCAUCGAUUACGCUGAGCAGGAACUGGGGAUCGAGCAAAUACAGGCUGAAAUUGCCAAAUUACCACCUCGUUUCCUCGCUGCGCCCGAUGAAGUCUUGCUACCAAGAACACAUUCAACAGCGUCGGAAGUCCAUCGCGAAUCUUCCACAACCAUUCAGCCGAUAAAAAAACCCUCCGCUGGAAUGCUGCCGUCUAGCUUGGCCCAUAUUGUCCGCCGUCACCCAUCCGCUCAUCGACCCCUUUUCCAGUCUCAAACACAAACCAGUUUAGGUGGAAACAGCACAGAUCGUAAUUCGUUGGAAGAGGAACAGUACAGAUUCGGUGGUCCCAUGACUCCGAAAGAUUUCACCAACGAAACGAAGAACUGCUGCACUAUUGGUACAUUCAAACGAAAACUGCCAAUUCUUCAAUGGCUACCGAAAUAUAGCAGGGAGGAUUUUGUGGGUGACCUUAUUGCUGGAUUGACCGUGGGGUUGACCGUUGUUCCGCAGUGUUUGGCAUACGCAGUCAUUGCGGAUAUCGAUUUGGAGUACGGAUUAAAUUCCGCUUAUCUCGGCUGUUUCGUUUACACGUUGUUGGGGACAUCAAAGGAUGUGACGGUCGGUCCAACUGCGAUCUUAUCCCUUCUUACCGGAACGUUCAUUAGUCGCAUCGUUGGGACACCCGGCGAAUGGGCAGUGCUGUUGUGUUUUUUUGUUGGAUGUUUUCAGUUGGCAGUGGCACUCUUGCGUUUAGGAUUUAUUAUCAACUUCAUCUCUGUUCCUGUCGUGAGCGGCUUUACACAAGCAGCAGUGAUUGUUAUUAUCCUGAGCCAGGUAAAAAACAUGAUGGGCCUAAAAUUUGGAGAAGCAUCUGAUACUGUCAUCGAAACAAUUGGCGGAUACAUAAAGCACAUGAGCAAAACAAACGGCUGGGAUGUUCUACUAGGAUGUAUAAGCAUCACAACUUUAUUGUUAAUGAAAGGAAUGCGACUUCCGCUUCGAGAAGGAUCCAUACCAAAAUGGUACAGAAGCCUUGCUGACGUAAUUCACCUUUGCGGAGUCUCUCGGUAUGCGAUUGUGGUAAUGAGUGCGACACUUCUCAACUACUUGGUAAUGUCAUCGGGGAUUCGAGCAUUGUCUGCAACCGGAAACGUGACUGCUAAACUAUCCGCUCCCAAAAUGCCGAACUUUGCCGUUGGUGGAUUGGCACUGAGCGAAAUCCUGCGAACCUUCGGACCGGGUUUAGUACUGGUGCCGCUCCUGGCAAUGGUGGAAUCAUUGGCUGUAGCCAAAACGUUUGCUCACAAAUAUCAUUACAAUAUCUCCAUAACACAGGAAUUUCUGGCGCUGGGAACGGCCAAUAUGGUAUCAUCCUUUUUUGGGUCGUACGCUGUGACGGGAGCAUUUACCCGUUCUGCUCUGAAUGCCGAAUCCGGUGUGCGUACUCCAAUGGGAGGAAUAGUUACAGGAUCGUUUGUUAUUAUCGCUAUUGUGACCCUGAGCAGUGCUUUACAGUACAUUCCCAAAGCCGCAUUAGCAGCGGUCAUUAUAUGUGCCUGCUUAAAUAUGCUGGAUUUCAUCAAACCUGCUAUUCUGAUGCAUCAAUUUAUUAUUCGAACUCGCUCAACUUAUGCCAGAUGUGGAUAG